CUCACCUUCCCGUUCAGUUUCCUGGCCGGGUCGCGCCGCCCCUCCGCUUCGUCCCCGCCCCUUUCUCCUCACGCCCCGCCCCCUUGACGUGGCAGAGGCGGCACCAGCCAUGUUGACCCCGCGGAGUUGUGCUCUGAGGCCGGAGGCGGGGCGGCGCCGGCCUUGAUUGCACUGCCACGGCUGCUCUAGCUCGGCGAAUAGGACUGAUUUUGCAAGGCCGAGUCUGCGACAGGCGCGGGUCUCGUAGGGGGAUACUGUGAAAUAAGAAGCAAGCUCUACAAUGACAACCUAUUUGGAAUUCAUCCAACAAAAUGAAGAACGAGAUGGAGUCCGAUUUAGUUGGAAUGUUUGGCCAUCCAGCCGACUAGAAGCUACAAGAAUGGUUGUUCCAGUAGCAGCCCUGUUUACUCCACUGAAGGAGAGACCCGAUUUACCACCUAUUCAAUAUGAACCUGUUUUAUGUAGUAGGACCACUUGCCGUGCAGUUUUGAAUCCUUUAUGUCAAGUGGAUUAUCGAGCAAAACUCUGGGCUUGCAACUUUUGUUAUCAAAGGAAUCAGUUUCCACCUACUUAUGCUGGUAUAUCUGAACUGAAUCAGCCUGCUGAACUUUUACCUCAGUUUUCUAGCAUUGAAUAUGUAGUUCUGCGUGGUCCUCAGAUGCCUUUGAUAUUCCUGUAUGUGGUUGAUACUUGCAUGGAAGAUGAAGAUUUACAAGCCCUGAAAGAAUCUAUGCAGAUGUCAUUAAGUCUUUUACCACCUACAGCUUUGGUUGGACUUAUUACUUUUGGGAGAAUGGUGCAGGUUCAUGAACUUGGAUGUGAGGGCAUUUCAAAAAGCUAUGUCUUCAGAGGAACAAAAGAUCUGUCUGCCAAACAACUACAGGAAAUGCUGGGCCUCGCUAAAGUACCUGUUACUCAAGCAACACGUGGUCCUCAGGUACAGCAGCCGCCUCCUUCCAAUAGAUUCUUGCAGCCAGUACAGAAGAUAGACAUGAAUCUCACAGAUCUUCUGGGAGAACUGCAGCGAGACCCGUGGCCUGUACCACAGGGAAAGAGACCUUUGCGUUCCUCUGGGGUGGCACUUUCCAUAGCUGUAGGACUACUUGAGUGUACUUUUCCCAACACUGGUGCUCGUAUCAUGAUGUUCAUUGGCGGUCCAGCCACUCAGGGGCCUGGAAUGGUGGUUGGAGAUGAGUUGAAGACACCUAUAAGAUCAUGGCAUGACAUUGAAAAAGACAAUGCCAAAUAUGUUAAAAAGGGAACCAAGCAUUUUGAAGCAUUGGCUAAUCGAGCUGCUACGACUGGUCAUGUUAUUGAUAUCUAUGCAUGCGCAUUAGAUCAGACAGGUCUCCUGGAGAUGAAAUGCUGCCCCAACCUUACUGGAGGCUACAUGGUAAUGGGUGACUCUUUCAACACUUCCUUAUUCAAGCAAACUUUUCAAAGAGUCUUUACCAAAGAUGUGCAUGGACAGUUUAAAAUGGGCUUUGGUGGUACAUUAGAAAUAAAGACCUCAAGGGAAAUAAAGGUUUCAGGAGCUAUUGGACCCUGUGUGUCUCUCAGUUCUAAAGGACCCUGUGUGUCUGAAAAUGAGAUAGGAACAGGUGGCACUUGUCAAUGGAAGAUAUGUGGACUUAGUCCCACUACAACCUUAGCUAUAUAUUUUGAGGUUGUCAAUCAGCAUAAUGCUCCAAUUCCUCAAGGAGGGCGUGGGGCAAUCCAGUUUGUGACUCAGUAUCAGCAUUCAAGUGGUCAGAGACGCAUUCGAGUGACCACCAUUGCGAGGAACUGGGCAGAUGCGCAAACUCAAAUCCAAAACAUUGCUGCAUCUUUUGACCAGGAGGCAGCUGCCAUUCUCAUGGCCAGACUGGCAAUAUAUAGAGCAGAAACAGAGGAAGGACCAGAUGUGCUUAGGUGGCUGGACAGACAGCUCAUUCGACUGUGUCAGAAAUUUGGAGAGUAUCACAAAGAUGAUCCAAGUUCCUUCAGAUUUUCAGAAACUUUCUCCCUUUAUCCACAGUUUAUGUUUCAUUUAAGAAGGUCUCCUUUCUUGCAAGUUUUUAACAAUAGUCCUGAUGAGAGUUCAUAUUAUCGUCACCAUUUUAUGCGUCAAGAUCUGACCCAGUCUCUCAUCAUGAUUCAGCCUAUUCUGUAUGCAUAUUCUUUUAGUGGACCGCCAGAGCCGGUUCUUCUUGAUAGCAGCAGCAUCCUCGCAGAUCGGAUUCUUCUCAUGGACACAUUCUUCCAGAUUCUGAUCUAUCACGGUGAGACCAUAGCCCAGUGGCGCAAGUCAGGAUACCAGGACAUGCCAGAAUAUGAGAAUUUCCGCCACCUUCUGCAAGCCCCAGUGGAUGAUGCCCAGGAGAUUCUUCACUCCCGGUUUCCAAUGCCGAGAUACAUCGACACUGAACAUGGGGGCAGCCAGGCCCGUUUUCUGCUUUCAAAAGUCAACCCUUCACAGACUCAUAAUAACAUGUAUGCCUGGGGACAGGAGUCUGGAGCACCUAUUCUCACAGAUGAUGUUAGUUUACAAGUGUUCAUGGAUCAUUUGAAGAAACUUGCUGUGUCAAGUGCAGCUUGAAGUGCUAAACAUGUUAAGGACGUCGAAGAAGAUGAAAUAAUAUUUCAGUUUUCAUUUUUUCCCUUUUUUAGUUCAUCUGUGGAAACCAACAGAGAUAUCUCGCUAGACUCCUUUUGUACUAGUGUGGUUCGAGACAACGUAUGGAAAAAUGUUCACUUUUGUAGAUUUAAGCUGGGAUGUAAGAGCAUUAAAAACAAAAUUGUUUUUGCUUGCCACAGUAUUAUAACUGGUUUUGGAAAUUUGAGGUCUUUAUAACUUAAUUAUGUUAAAGAGUAAAAAUAGAGUCUGCCAUAUACGACAGAGACAUAACCAUUUGUAUAUUGCAGAAACAUCCAAGUGGCACUGAAUGUCCAUGCUGACUUUUAAAAACUUGUUUCUUAAUUUCAGUUAGAAAGUAAACAAAAUCAACAGUAAUGGUAAAUGUGAAUAUUUUUCCUGUUUGUCGAAUAUUUUUCUGUGAUUUUCAGCACUUAUAUUUACACUUUUUCUGUGCUUAUUCUUUUAAGGCAGAUUUAUUUUUAUGAUGAUUUGUUUAGGAAUUAUUUGACUUUAUGUAUGGUAAUUUUCAUGAAGAUAAUUUAAUGUUUUUGGUCAUUUGGAGAAAUAGCUUAGAGAUCAUAAGUUUUUUGUGUGACAAUCCUACAACUGACAAUAAAUGUGAAAUUCCCAAAAGUACCCGACUUAUGUGAUUAAACGUGAUAAUUUUUUAAAAAGGCAGAUGGAAAAUAAACCAUUUUGUGAGAAUGCAUUUUAAAAAGGCUUGGCAGUAAAAAAAGACUAUUGUAACUUGUAAACCAAAUUUGGUUUUCACUGCAUGGUUUUGUUUUUCCCCCUUGUUUUUCUGAGAUAAAUUUUACACUAUAUACUUCAGUAUUUUAACACUAUUUUGGGAGUUUACACAUUACUUUUUGUUUCUGCCUCCAUUUUGUGAAAUCUAUUUAAAGUUGUAGUUCUUAUUGAAACAGUAUUAUAUAAUGUGUUGUUGAAUUAUAUCAUGUGGUGAUGCUGAGUUCUGUUUUGAUUUAUUCAUUAGUAUCAUUCACUUUUACCUUUUAAAGUUUACUUGUAGCAAAUGUUUACAUUGCUAAAGCCAGAUAUAUUUACCAAUAAAAUUUACAUCAAAUAAAAGGUGGUGCUAUGAUGUAAGCUUAGGACAGUUUUGAUGAUUGUACUUGCAUGAACACAAUCAUAUGAUGAUAAAAAGACAGAAACUUAAAAAAUUGUUUAUAUGUUAUACACAAUUAGAAAAAAUAAAUUGCUCUGUUCCAUUUUAUUUUAAUUCAAUUGUGCUAGGCAUAAAUACCAAUAAAGUUACUUUUUCUCUGUUUUA